AUAUAAACUGGUGCGGGUGAAGAGAGAAAGAAGGAACUGGGAAGAGAAAAGGGAAGUUAGACCUCCCCUCCCUCCUUGUCUUUCUCAGAAAACCAAACAUGGCAUCUUCCAUGAAGAGCUUGGUUUCUGACCACAGCAGAUAUGUUGAAUCUUUCCGGAGGUUUCUCGACAAUUCCACGGAGCAUCAGUGCAUGCAGCAAUUCAUGGACGAGAAGCUGCCGGGCAUAAUAGCAAGGAUUGGAGACACAAAAUCUGAAAUUAAGAUUCUAAGCAUUGGCGGAGGUGCAGGUGAAAUUGAUCUUCAUAUCCUCUCCAAAGUGCAGGCUCAAUACCCAGGAGUUAGUAUCAACAAUGAAGUUGUUGAACCAAGUGCUGAACAAAUCACCAAGUACAAAGAGCUUGUAGCCAAGACAUCAAACCUCGAGAACAUAAAGUUUACUUGGCAUAAGGAGACAUCAUCUGAAUAUCAAAAUAGAAUGAUGGAGAAAAAAGAACUUCAGAAGUGGGACUUUAUUCAUAUGAUUCAGAUGCUGUAUUACGUAAAAGACAUCCCAGCCACCCUGAAAUUCUUCCAUAGUCUCUUAGCUACCAGUGCUAAGAUUCUCAUUACUGUUGUGUCCGGAACCAGUAGCUGGAACAAGCUGUGGAAAAAGUACGGAUCUCACUUACACCGGGAUGAGCUCUGCCAGUAUGUCACGUCAUCUGACCUCAUGCAGAUGCUGGACAAGAUGGGGAUUAAGUAUGAGUGUUAUGACCUUCUGUCCACCAUAGACAUAUCUGACUGUUUUAUUGACGGCAAUGAAAAUGGAGACCUGCUUUGGGAUUUUUUGACAGAAACCUGCAACUUUAGUACAACAGCACCACCUGAUCUCAAAGCAGAAAUUAUGAAAGAUCUGCAAGAGCCUGAAUUCAGUGUAAAGAAAGAGGGAAAGGUCCUUUUCAAUAACAGUCUGAGUUUCAUAGUGGUUGAGGCAUAAAUAUCCACCAUGAGAAUGUAUUCAAAAGCUAUAGUUUGAACAAUUUUGAUCAUUCACUUAUUUGUGUAUUAAAAUUAUAAAUAUAUCUCAUAACAUAAACAGAGCAUUUUCUCUGAUAUGUAAAAUCUAGAAAAUCCCAAGAUAUUCUUGGACUUCCAUGUGGAAUCAUAUAUGACACUGCUGGUCUUAUCCCAUCCCUUCUAUCGGUAAAGAGACUACAUGCUGUCUACAUACCACAUAAUCUGGAAAAAUGAGACAACUAAGUUUCAUGGGCUUUAUUGACAAUAAAAUCCUUUCCAUUUGUUGAUUAUAAUGGAAUUUCUGGGAAUACUAAUAAAAUAUGUGCUAUGGAUUUUUAAAAUACUAGUAAAGUAUAUGCUUAUUGAUA